AUGCGCAUCACAACUUCGAUUAUCGAUAAACAUCGCCGAUUUACAUCGUCGUCACGGUUAUGGGUAUCUCCCAUUUGCUUUUCACAGAAGAAGAAACCAGACCCACCACCAGAUUCCUCGAUCUCACCUGUGGAAUUAAACCCCAAAACCAAGUUCAUCUCUCACGAAUCUGCAGUCAAUCUGAUCAAACGCGAGAGAGAUCCUCAGCGCGCGCUUGAUCUGUUCAACAAAGCGUCUCAGCAGAAAGGGUUCAACCAUAACAGCGCCACAUACUCUGUUCUCUUAGAUAACCUCGUCAGGCACAAGAAGUUUCAAGCCGUUGACGCGAUUCUCCACCAGAUGAAGUACGAGACUUGCAAAUUCCAGGAAGGUGUGUUCCUCAACCUAAUGAAACACUUCUCCAGAUUCGAUUUGCACGAGAAAGUGAUGGAGAUGUUUCAGUUGAUCCAAGUGAUUGCUCGCGUGAAGCCUUCUCUCAACGCCAUUAGCACUUGCCUCAACCUCCUCGUCGAUUCAGGGGAGGUCGAUUCCGUUCGGAGACUCCUCUUGUAUGCGAAACAGCAUCUUGGAUUGCAGCCGAAUACUUGCAUCUUCAAUAUUCUCGUGAAGCAUCACUGCAGGAUUGGGGAUGUUGAUUCUGCGUUUCGAGUGGUUGAGGAGAUGAAAAGAUGUGAAAUUUCGUAUCCCAAUUUGAUCACUUACUCGACUUUGAUGGAGUGUUUGUUUGCACAGUCUAAGUCCAAAGAAGCUAUGGCAUUGUUUGAGAAUAUGAUCUCGAGAGAAGGGAUUUCUCCGGAUCCAGUGACUUUCAAUGUUAUGAUUAACGGAUUCUGUCGUUCCGGGGAAGCUGAGAGAGGCAAGAUGAUUGUUGAGUUUAUGAAGAAGAAUGGAUGCAAUCCAAAUGUGUACAAUUACUCUGCUCUGAUGAAUGGGUUUUGUAAAGAAGGGAAGACUCAGGAAGCUAAAGAAGUCUUUGAGGAGGUGAAGGAAAUGGGUUUGAGACUCGACACUGUUGGUUAUACCACAUUGAUGAAUUGCUUCUGUAGAAAUGGUCAAGUCGAUGAGGCUAUGGAGUUACUGGGAGAGAUGAAAGCAUCAGGAUGCAGAGCUGAUGCAUUGACUUACAAUGUGAUACUCAGGGGAUUGUCCAGUGAAGGAAGAGUAGAAGAAGCUCUUGAGAUGCUGAGUCAAUGGGGAUGUGAAGGAGUUCAUCUGAACAAAGGUAGUUACAGGAUUGUGCUAAAUGCGUUGAUGAAGAACGGUGAGCUUGGGGAAGCGGUGAAGUUUCUGAGUUUGAUGUCGAAGAAAGGGGUUUGGCCACACCAUGCGACUUGGAACGAGCUGGUGGUUCGGCUUUGUGGAUCCGGGAAGGCAGAGAUCGGGGUUCGAGUUAUGACUGGGUUUAUGGGGAUAGGUUUCAAACCAGAGCCUGAGUGUUGGGGAGCUGUGGUUGAAUCAAUAUGCAAAGAGAGGAAGCUAUUGCAUGUCUUUGAACUUCUUGAUUCUUUAGUUUCUUGA